AUGUCUGCCACUCCGAGACCUAGCCAAGAUACGUUGCGCAAGGCCAUAAACAACCAAGUUGCCAUAAUCACCGGUGCCGCCAGAGGUAUUGGUUUUGCGACAGCCUCCCUCCUUGCACAAAAUGGAGCCCGGGUUGUCCUAGUGGAUCUGCGGGAAGAAGACCUGAAGAGUGCCUGCGCAGCCAUCGGCCCUCAAUCAACAUAUCACGUGUGCGAUGUCAGUGACUGGGACCAGCAGGUGGCAUUGUUCGACCGAGUCUCCAGUGAAAUUGGCCCGGUCGACCUGCUAGUUUGCAAUGCGGCCGUCAACCCUGAGAUCGCCCUGCUGCAAGCAUCCGACGCCCACGCCCAAAUGAACUCGCAAGUUCUACACAAUUAUUUGGCGGACGAGCAAACCGUACACGGUCUCCAACGACCCUCGACAAAACUGUUCGACAUCAAUGUGAACUCGGUUGUGUUUGGACUCAAGCUCGGAAUCCAUUACAUGAAGAGCCACGGCGGAGGCCGGAUCGUGGUCGUUGGAUCUGCGGCCUCCUAUGUCCCUGUAUCCUCGCAACCGCUUUACACGGCGAGUAAGCAUGCGGUGCUGGGGCUGGUCCGCAGCACGGCUCAAAUUCGCGAGGUCGCACAGUCGGGGAUUUCCAUCUCCUGGGUUGCCCCAUGGUUGACCUUGACAUCGAUGGUCCAGGGUCUGGAGGCGGCAUCUCACCCGGACACGCUGAAAAGCUCCCCAGAAGAUGUUGCGUGGGCCAUUGCGGCUGCGGCCGUGGCUGAGUCGGGUAAUGGCAAGGGCUACUGGGUGCAGGGAAGGACGGUCAGCGAAGUCGAGGGAGCCUAUGGCCAGCUGGCUGGAGAGCUCAUUCUCCCGGAGAAUCGGUUUUAG